AGGAAAGUCGGCUUGGGAAACUAUGUACAUACACAUACGGAAUGAAAGACAUGCAGCAACACGAGCAAGCCCCUCUCUCUCAAUUUGGUUAAUUGAUUCUUUCUUUACAAAACCGGUACAAGGUAUCAACUACUACACCAAUACAAAAAGAAUAUUUUUUUGCUCACGGCCACCUUUGUUCCACCCCACUCCAGAGGAUGUCAGCGCAACAACGGCGACGGCGGCUGCAGGACGAUGAGGACGAAGAUAUGCAGCACAGCCCUCCGCCCAGCCCCGGCGACGUCGACGAGGACGGCGAUGAGCGCGUGGGAGAGGCCGGACAAAGAGAUGAGACCAGCCAGCUGAUCAAGAACCUCGUGCGCUACGCCCUUGCCUGCGAGUACUCGCGGGCCCCGAUUCGGCGGGAAGGCAUCAGAGAAAAGGUCCUGGGCUCCAACGGACGAGAGUUUAAGAGGGUGUUUGCGGGCGCGCAGAAGCAACUGCGGGCGACAUUUGGCAUGGAGAUGGUCGAGCUGCCGACUAAGGACAGGAACCUCAUGACAACGGAGCAGAAGAGAAAGGCCGCGAAAACCCAGAGCCAGAAAGAGGCGAGCUCAAAUGCAUAUGUCCUCACCUCGAUUCUGCCGGAAGAGUACACCACACCAGCUAUCAUAGCCCCAUCAAAGGUGGAGUCCGCCGACGGCGAAGCCUCGUACAUUGCAUUAUAUACUACCAUCAUCGCCAUCAUCACCCUGAGCGGUGGAGAGCUCAGCGACCCCCGUCUGCGCCGACACCUGUCGCGACUCAACGCCGCCGAGAACAUGCCUAGCAUGAACCCACACGACGAGAUAGCCCCGAGCGAGAAGACGGAAGCCGUCCUCCAGCGGAUGGUCAAACAAGGGUACCUGGUGCGGGUGACAGAGUCCCGGUCCGCGGGCGACGACGACGCGACUACCUGGCACGUCGGCCCGCGCGGCAAGGUCGAGGUUGACAAGGAGGCGAUCGCGGCGUUUGUGCGGACCGUCUACGGCGGCUCCAGCGAUGAGCUCGAGGCCAAGCUGCAGGCCAGCCUGAAGAUCAGGGAUCGCAAGCCCGGGGUGCCCGGGGCGGUCGAGGAAGAAGCCGCAGACAGGCCGGCGGACGGUGACCCGGGACCGAGCACCCGGCGGGGGACCAGAAGACGGGAGACCGAGGCCGAGGAUGAAGAGAGCGAAUGACUUCGUUGCAUAUCGGUCUGUCUGUCUGGCUGAUGUCGGAGUCAGGGUAUCAUUGUUGCAUUACGGGAAGAAAAGCGAGGCCCCCAGCGUUUGCAAACAUUCUCCCGCAA